GUGAGCCUGACCUCACGCGCUCUCUCUCACACAUCCCGGCGACCGACCUUUUCCCUAUUAUUCCCUUUCCCUACUCUCACGCUCCUCUCAUGUGUCGGCCGACUCAUCGCCGAACCCUUUUUAAAUCGACCACCCUAAAUUCUUCCCCUUCUCAUAAACAACCAAUCACCCUUCUCUCGUCGUUUCAAUGGCCGACAUCUCCGAUUCCGUUACGCCGUUGGCAAUAAUCACCCCUCCUUCUACCACUCCCGGCUCACGGACGUUACCCGUCCGUGAAGAUUGUUGGUCGGAGGAAGCUACGUCUACCCUCAUCGACGCUUGGGGUCGCCGUUACGUCGAGCUUAACCGUGGGAACCUCCGUCAGAAGGAUUGGCAGGAUGUCGCCGACGCCGUUAAUGUGCUUCACGGUCAUACUAAGAAGACCAAUCGUACUGAUGUUCAGUGUAAGAACCGGAUUGAUACCAUUAAGAAGAAGUAUAAGAUCGAGAAGACUACGGUCGCCGCUUCUAACGGAACCCUAACGUCGUCGUGGCCGUUCUUUGAACGAUUGGAUGCUCUUAUCGGAUCUAAUUUUACAGCUAAAAAGGUUUCGCUGUCGCCUAAGAUAUCACCGAAGCCGUCGCCGAGGAUCCCCGGGUCUCCUCCCGUGGCUCUUCCUCUUCCGUUGCCGUACAAGAGGACACCGGCGCCGGCCACGGUUGUCGCACUUCCGCAGAAGAGGCCGGCUGUCGAUGAUGGGUAUUUCAAGAGAUAUUAUUUGGCCGUUGCUGCAGCAGCAGCAGCAGCGGCUGAUGUAGAGAGUGACGAGGAAGAGGGAGAAGAAAGCGAGGGAGAGGAAAGUGAAGGUGAAGGAGAGGAGAGGGAAGGGAUGAAGAGAUUGGCCAGAGCUAUAGAAAGAUUUGGUCAAGUUUAUGAAAGAGUGGAAGGGGAGAAGCUGAGGCAGAUGGUGGAAUUGGAGAAGCAAAGAAUGCAAUUUGCUAAAGAUUUGGAAGUGCAGAGGAUGAGGAUGUUUAUGGAUACACAGGUGCAGCUCGAGAAGAUAAAGCGUGGCAAACGAUCCUCGGGUUCCAGUGGUUCAGGCUUAUGUACAAAUAAACUUUUAUCUGUCCGUCUAAAUUAUUUCCUCGGUGUAUCAGCAGAAAAUGGAUGUUUCUCCAUUGCUGGUCAGCUAACAGAGGUUGGCUGUUUUAGCAACAGUACCAUGUGCCUAGAAGCAUAUUGAUGCCCACCAAAGAUUCAAGACCUAAAUAUGCUUCAGCAUUUAAAUUGCUCUUGAUAUCUGCGAUGCACAUGAUCUUUAUAGCUAGCCAGUCCGGGGAAGAAUUUUGACAGUUAUUUCCAUGGGAAAAAGAUAUGAAGAAUAUAAUAUUUGACAUUUAUACUCAUCCCUUGAAAGUAUAUAUAGCUAUUUGUUGCAGAUACUGGACUCAGAACUCGGAGAAGAUAACCAGCAGUUGGCAGAUAUGAUUCGUUGUCUGGAGUUUGAAAGUUCUUUUCUUUCGCCGUUUGCCUUUUCCCAGCCACCAAAAAUUAAAAUAAAAAAAA